AUGACCACCGGGUUUUUGAGCGUGAAGGGAGACAAGGUUGUGGACGGCGAUGGACACGGCAUUGUUAUGCGAGGAGCUGCCCUCGGAGGAUGGAUGAACAUGGAGAACUUCAUUACAGGAUUCGCGGGACAUGAAGCCCAGCACCGUGAUGCCAUGCGUCGAGUUCUCGGACAACAAAAAUAUGAAUAUUUCUUCGAUAAAUGGCUUGAGUACUUCUUCACCGAAGCAGAUGCAAAGUUCUUCGCAGAUCUCGGAUUGAAUUGUCUGCGUCUACCAUUCAACUACCGCCAUUUUGAGGAUGAUAUGAACCCACGUGUCCUAAAGACAUCGGGAUUCAAGCACCUGGACCGAGUCGUUGAUUUGGUCUGUUUAUAUCGGUACAUGUUUUCACAGGGCAUUUACACUAUCCUGGACAUGCAUGCCGUCCCCGGUGGUCAAAACCCAGACUGGCAUUCCGACAAUCCAACCAGCUAUGCAGCAUUCUGGGACUACAAAGACCACCAAGAUCGCACAGUGUGGCUCUGGGAACAAGUUGCAGCGAGAUACAAAAGCAACCCUUGGGUUGCUGGGUACAACCCUCUCAAUGAACCCUGCGAUCCGGAACACGUGCGACUCCCAGCCUUCUAUACGCGUAUUGAGAAGGCCAUUCGAAAGAUUGAUCCGAAUCACAUACUAUGGCUAGAUGGGAAUACAUUUGCGAUGGAGUGGAAGGGAUUUGACAGCGUGCUGCCGAACUGCGUGUAUGCCAUGCACGAUUACUCGUCCAUGGGAUUCCCGACUGGUGUUCCAUACAAGGGAACAGCAGAUCAGAAAGAGCGCCUAGAGAGUGGAUACCUGCGCAAAGCUCAGUUUAUGAGCCAGAACAGGACUCCGGUCUGGAACGGGGAAUUCGGCCCAGUGUACGCAGACCGUGUCCUCGAUGUCGAUGCAGAAACCGUAAACCAGGAUCGGUACAACCUUCUCGGUGAACAGCUGCGCAUCUAUGACAAGUACAACAUUAGCUGGUCUAUUUGGCUCUACAAGGACAUCGGCCUACAAGGCAUGGUUUACACGGACCCUGAAAGCAAAUGGAACCAAACAUUAAAGCCAUUCCUCGACAAGAAGAAGAGAUUUUGGUUGGAUAAAUGGGGACAGCGACCUGCUUCAGAACCCGAAGCUGCACUGCGGCCCUUGGUCGAUUGGAUUGACAGUGUAAGCCCAACGGCGAAAGACACUUACCCUACAUCCUGGAACACGGAGAUGCAUGUUAUGCGGAAUGUAUUCAACACAUUUUUGGCGGCAUCGUUUGUGAAUGAGUUUGCUGAGUUGUUCCGGGACGCGAGCGAGCAGGAUCUCGAUAAUUUAGCGAGGAGUUUCCAUUUUGAUGUAUGCUUGCAGCGUGAGGGGCUGAAUGAGAUUCUCAAAAGCCAUGCGCAUGCCUCGGGCUUUUGA